AUGAAUACUCGUGUGAAAAUUGAAACAGGUGAUGGUGAAAUUUUUGAGGUUACCAUGGAAUUUAUUAAAAAUUUAAAAACAUGCUACCAGAUGGUUGAAACUUUAGGGGGGAAUUGUGCUGUAACUCUUCCUUUGUCAAAUAUUAGAUCUGAUAUUUUUAAAGAUAUUUUAUCAUGGUUGAACAUAUACUUAACAUUAACAGAUCAAUCAAAAGAUUUAACAUCCUGGGAAAGUGAAAUGUUCAGUUCAUGGAACAAAGAUUAUUUAUUUGAAUUUAUGAAUGCUGCAAGUUUUUUAGAAAUUGAACCUUUAAUAAAAUCAACAUCUACAUUUGUAGCAUUACAACUUACAAAAUAUGGUAGUAAACACAAUGAAAUGAGGGAAUAUUUAUCAGUUGAAGAUGAAAUGAAUGAAUUUGAUAUACAAGAAUUCGACAAAAUAUCAGGAUUAAAUGAUCAACGAGAUUAA